UCUGAUCCGGUAAUGCAAACUUUCACAACUCACAAUGACUGAAGAACAUCUUCAUCAAGGACAGUUGAGUGCGUGACGGAAAAAUACAUAAUGGCACCCUCCUUUUUUUUUCUUACUUUUCCUAGUAGAUUUUUUGAACAAGUCUAGGUGCUCCGUUUAUCAGGUGACAGCGUGAAAUUCUCACUUAUUGCAUUUCGUAGUGCUUGGUUUUUUUCUUACCCAGAUUAUGAGUGGGAGAUUGUUCAUAUUUCUUUGCUUUACUGCCUUACAAAAUGCAAUAACUUAUCCAAUUAAUAACUCAGGAAUUACUCCAAUCGAUCUCAGCUAUGAAUGUAUUGAUAAAACUGAAGAGUGCGGGAACAAGGCUCCUGUUCUUCUAUUGCACGGUUUGGGAGGAUCGAAGAAUAACUGGAACGGAAUUUAUGAAACCUUAGCUCUUAGAACUGGCAGAAGGGUAUGUAGAGCAGACUUACGUAAUCACGGAGACAGUCCAUGGAAUAAUGAGACGAGCGUAGCCGCCAUGACAGAAGAUGUGAUACAUUUGUUGGACACCAUAGAAGAGCAAACAUCGGUUAUUAUCGGACACAGUCUAGGAGGGAAAGUGGCCAUGCACACAGCACUAAAUUACCCGGACAGAGUUAGCAGCCUAGUCAUAGAAGAUAUCACUCCUAACACAUUGGAUCCAGAAAUCGUGAUGAUCAUUGAAAACUAUCUGUACCAGAUGAAGAUUGUUAUGGAAGCAAUUCCAGAAGGAUCCGAUGAGACACAAGCAAAUAAGGUUAUAUCACCGCAUUUUAAAGAAUUUUUAAAGAAGUUCAAUAUCACAGAAACUGAUGAAGCCCAAAACCGAUUGUCUCCACCUUUAACUUGUGUUGGCGGAACGUGUCGUUGGAGAGCAAAUUUAGAUGUCUUUUUGGAUGCCAUUGAAAACCACUUCGACAGCUUUUGGACUCCAAGCUCUGGGACUUUCAUCAAUUCUGCGCUAUUUAUAUAUGGCACCGUUUCAGAAUUCAAAGUGAAUGAAGACGAGGCCAACAUACGUGCAUUGUUCCCGAACGCAGAACUUAUUGGAGUUGAAGGAGCUGGACAUAUUAUUCAUGGAUUUUACCCUCAAUUUGAAAAUGAAGUUUUGAACUUUCUGAAUAAAAACAAUUAAUAUUUAAAAAACUAUUUUUGUCUUGUAAUUUGUUGAUUAACGAGGAUGUGGAGCAACACAUUUCUGUUGUACUGUCAUGUCUUUUCUAGUUAUAAUGUCUUAUUCUCCUGAUUUAUAGCAAACUUAUCACAUGGACGAACAUCAGGGUCAAUUAAAAAAAAUACUGUCUUGGACACUCCUUGUUAUCAGGGUUAUUCACGUAGCUGAAUUACAUGUGUGAGCCAAGAAAACUUUGCAUGGGCGAUCAUUGGGCAUAAAAUGUAAAACUUUUUUGGCGCACUACUAGGGAUUGCAAUACCGGUAUACCGGUUUACCGAAUACCGGUAUUUCGAGAAAUUUUGCGAUUUCGUAAUACCGGUAUUUACUGAGGUAAAAUACCGGUAUUUUCUGCAUUAGCUGAAAAUAAUAAAUAGUUUAAAUUAAAGAAUUUUCAAUUUAACUUAUCAAAAAUCUACUUAUACUUUAAGUGUACAUUUCUUUUUAAGCGAUACAGAACUAUAAUAUCAAUCUAUUGAUGUAACAAGCAACGAUAAAAUUAAAAAUUUUAAAAAACCCCGACUGAGUCGCAACUGUAGAACCAAGAGAGAAAAUUGAAAAUAAUUUAGAAAAUUAAAUAAUAUUAAUUAAAUAAAUAGAAACUGGCAACAGAUAAAAAAAAUUAAAUCAUUAUUUGCUUGUCGGCAAACAACAUAGAGUAAAAAAUAUACAUAGAGAGGCCCCGUCUAUGGUAAAAAGGAGACGAAAUUGAAGCCGGAAUUAUGGGAUACAGCUGUGCAAUGAUGAGCGGGGUUAUGAUAACAUGAUUGCUUCGCGAGAAUAGUUUUUACCAAUCUCGCAAAGGGACCGUAUAAAGUAGCUGGCGGAUUGGUUUGCAUUUUAAUUCAUGUUUUAAUGCAAUUUCAAAAACGUGCUUCAUAAAUUUACGACGAUAUCUAAGUUUAAAUUAUCAACCAACUGAGAUUCAGUAAUGGACUGUUUUGAAUCACAAGAUGUAUCUCAAGAAGCUAAGGAUCUUGGGAUACAGCGGUGCAACUUCCGGCUUCAAUUUCUUAGUAUAGCUGGGCCUCUCUAUGUAAUUUCUUUACUCUAUGGUAAACAAUGAAUUCGGUUAUCAAUCGCGUGAAUAAAGGCUUAGCCGUUAUUAAAAUCUGCUUAAAAAACGUUAUAAUUCGAAUUCUAUGAAACAUGAAAGUUCCAAACAGACGCGGAAACAAAUUCUCUUUAUUUUGGUAUUAAAUUUUAAAAUUUGUAACUAUGUUUUCACUGCAAAAAUCACGAAAAAUCUUUUAGAGGUUUUUUAAUUAAUAUCUUUGUUAAUUAAUGUCAUCCGAAGAUGCAACCUAGAUAAGAACAUUCUCGAUCAACUUUCCUUUCGAACAAAUUUUUUUUCUUCAAAAUCGGUCCAUCCGGAGGUUAAAAAGGCCGUAGCCGGGUUUCUAUGUUAAAUCUCGAUGCUCGAUAUUUGGCAAAAAUAGUUAAGCCUGCCGAAAUAUUGAGUCGUCUCUUCAUUGAUGAAAAAGUCAAUGUCGUUGUGAAUGAAGACACCUGUCGUAGAUUAAUCUAUCUUAAAAAAUCAUCAUAAAUUGUUGAAAAUUAUAUCAACUGUCAGUUAUUUAAAGUAAUUACGACAAACGGUGUCUAAAUUAUAAUAAAGGGGCUUUAAUAUUCGAAGUUUUUGUCCUAUUCGGAUCAAGACUGAAAAAGGAUUCUCAAUAGCAUGUUCAAAUUAUGUAUUCGUCUUUAUAUACAAUUUAGCAUUCAAUAAUAUUUAUUUAAAAACUGUUUAAUCAUUUUUUAAAAUUCCUAAUAACUUCAUGGAUUCUUAGGUUUGGUCUUUGUUUUUUUUUAUGGUUUUUUUAUGUUUUUUCUUCUGAUAAGUUAGUAUUUUCGAAAAAAAAAUUAUUUUUUACUUAGCAGACGAUUCUUUGCUGACUUAGUUCAAAUGAAUUUUUUAGCAAUAAAAAAUAUUUACAUUUGUUAAAACGCAAAAUUAUGAAGAAAAAAAGCACAUUUUAAUUUUUUUUCUAUUGUUCCACCACUUCGAAAAAUUUGAAAAACAUCCUGAGUAUAGAAGAGUAUAAAAGACAUUUUCUGACAAAAUUCGGUGAGUGACACUUUUCAGAAAAGCAUUGAAAAAAAAAUAUUUAAAUUUUAUUUCCGUCACCAAAAAUUGGCUUUUCGUUUAAAAAUAAUGACCAUAAAAAUUUUUCAUGUAUUUUAUUCCUAAGAAUAAGGAAAAAAACUAGCAUUCGUUAAUUUUGAAUUUUACUAUAAAAAAUAAAAUCGAAAAAUCAGGGGUUUUUUUUGAAAAACUCAAAGGUUGUUUGAGACAAAGAGCUGAAAACUUGGCUAAAUUCUUUUUAUUCGACACCAAAAUAAUUCCCCGUGUGCAAGUCGAAAAAACCGCAAGGGCAGAUUCAACAUAGAAACCCAGCUACGGCCAUUGCCUCCAAAAGCACGAGCUGAUGGAAUAUCAUCAAGUAGUGGAAAGAUUGCAAAAUGAUACUUUCAUUUCUAGAUAGAUUAAUCGCAUUUUUGUGCGUUUUUGUACCACCAUGUUUUAUUUUUUCUAUUUCCCUGAUCACUCACUUUCCCCUUCGGGAUAGUUAAUUUCGAGUGUAAUUUCGAAUGUAUUUGUUCUGUGAAUAAUUUAUUCCAACUAUCAAUUGCAGUUAUACUUCAUGAUAUUUUCUUUAAAUAUUUGUCUUAACUGUACUGAAUAUUGGCAAGAAAUAUGUUCUUGUGUUAGUAAAACUAAUGGCAAUUUGUUGUCCCAGUAUUGUUUUAUUGUCAUGUCUCACUUUAUACGUGGCGAGAUAAUAUUUAGAAAUUAUAUAGUGCUUUGAAAAUUUGCAUAGAGGUUAAGCAUAAUCAUUUGAAGCUCAUUUUCAGAUAUUUACAUCAUUAUAAUUGUAAAGAAUUUUAAAACGAACGCAAAAACGAAUGUAUGAAACUAAUAUGAUCAAAUUUGGUCAAGUUCAUCGUAAAUUUCAAACCAAAGUGCUGAUAAUAAAAAAUCAAAUCUCUCCUGCUUAAGAGAAAAUGAUGUUAAUAAUGAAAAAGUAUCGUCUUUC